AUGGAAGUUGAUGCUAACAUAGAGCCUAUAAAUGAACAAGUGACAACAGCUGAUCCUAGGAUUCUGCAGCGCCUUCAGAAAGUGUUUUCAGAUUGUCACAACCCGGGAAAAUGGGAAAACAACCACGACAUGUGCCUCGAAUUAGUAUCCCUGUUCAAGCAGCAAGGUCACGGUUCUCUCCAAAAGGUUGGGUUCGGCUCGGUGCACUUCUUCGUUCGUGUCAAACUCGGACCCGAUCAUUAUGCCUUUCUUCGAGCCUGUACAGACGGUACACUCUUGCGUGGUUUGACAAAACUCCUCGUUACUCCAGAACUGGAGGAAGCCGCUGGAGUCAAACUCAGAGUAAGGCUGGAUGUGAAAGAUACAUCAAAUACAAAUGAAGUCUCGACACCAGCAGGUGGAGGUGUUGCAGGAUGCGUCAAUAAAACAGGAACUGGCAUGCAACCAAGGAUAGGAGCACCCGGUGCUGACAGACUCUCAGGUGAUGAUGAUUUUGACAAGAAGAGUAUUCUAAGGGCAGUCGAGGACUGUACACCAUCAGAGAGUUCAGCAAUCAUUACAAAGAACAUGGACCUCCAGAGUGAUCUAGCUGAUAAAGUUAGUAUGGGUUCAUCAGCCAUGUCGAAGUCUGAUUACUACAUGCCCGUCAAGAAAGACAGCAAAUUUGAUGGAUCAGGAUCAGGAUCAGAAAAGCCCAGUGAGCCAAGGAGUACUGGUUUAACAGAUUAUCUUGAUCAACUGAAGGUCGAUCGUACACCAGAUGGAGGUGUUGCAGAAUGGGUUAAUAAAACAGGAGCUGGCAUGCAACCAAUGAUAGGAGCACCCGGUGCUGAUAGACUCUCAGAUAUCCGUGUAUCUAUUGGUCAUCUGGAAACCUUGAGACUUGUAGACUACCAAGUAGAACUGGCAGAGCCUGCUCUUCAGGGCCAUAAUACAUGUGUAGUAGCCCCUACUGGUUCAGGGAAGACGUAUGUAGCUGUUGCAGUAGCUCAGGAGGUCCUCAGGAAAUCACCAGGGAAAAGGGUCAUCUUUGUUGUAAACCAGGUACCUCUUGUGCACCAGCAGAGUACAGUGUUCAAGAAAUACAUCAAAGAUGUGGCCUAUAUAUGUGGUGAUCAUGGCCAGCCUCAAAUAAAACGCCUACCUAUGGAUCAAGUCUUGAGGAAGAACGAUGUAGUGGUACUAACAGCACAGAUACUUGUAGAUGCCUUGACCAAGGGACAGGUGUCAUUCAACCAAAUUGGAAUCAUCGUCUUUGAUGAGUGCCAUGAGACAAAGAAAGAGAGUCAAUACAAUGCUAUAAUGGCAAAGUACAUGGAGCAAAAACUGAAGAAUAAGAAACCACUUCCUCAGAUUCUUGGCAUGACAGCAUCUCUAGGAGUAGGUAACGCACGUUCUGACAAGAAUGCCAUUCAAUACAUGCUCAAAAUGUGUGCUAACAUGGAUGUAGUGAAGUUAUCCACUGUUCAGAAACAUAAAGAGAGCUUGGAAAAGGUUGUCAACGAGCCUGAUGAAGGAUUGCAUGUAGUGACAAGCAGAACCGAGGAUUCAUUUGCAGAAGAAAUACAGGAUCUUAUGUAUCAGGUCUUCAAGUAUAUCAACUCAAGCACAGGAAGCUCUGUUCUCAACACUACGGUUGAAAAGCUUUCCAGUCUCCGAAGCAGUAACCAUUCCAGAGAGAACUUCAGCCAUGUUCUGUGCACGCUGAAGAAAGAGAUAAUAGAGAAUUUUCAAUCAAGUGAUUUACAGCUCAGUCUCAUGACAUGUGCACAAUAUCUAAAGGAAUACAGCAGUGCACUUGCCAUCCAUGAAACAGCUCGGACCAAGGAUGCUUUAGAAUAUCUCCAAGAAUUCAUCAGAGAAAAGAGCAAUAAAGCUGCCACCUCGAACACAGAGAAAAUGCUCAUUCGAACGUUCCAAGACAAGCAACAAGAACUGGAGAGAAUUUCAAUGAGUCCUAAAUCACCAAAUAACCCAGCUCUUGACGAGCUUCAGAGCCUGAUAGAAGGAGACAUAGUGACUUGUCAGACCCAGGAGAAUAAUGGUCCAUUCCGAGCUAUCCUCUUCACUCAGACCAUCGCAUCUACAUGGGCUCUCAAGAAUUGGGUCAUGGAGACAGAUUCCCUCAAAGAUCUUCAUCCAGAGGUGUUAGUUGGCUGCAGAAACCCAGGCAUGAACUUACGUCAUCAGAAAGAUGUCCUAGACAACUUUCGUGAUGGUGUACACAAGCUGCUCAUAGCAACCUCGGCCAUGCAACAAGGCAUUGAUAUCCCAGCAUGCAACUUUGUCUACAGGUACAACUACAUCACUGAUGCUGUUGCACGUAUUCAAGCCAGAGGCCGAACGCGUAAACCAGGAGGUCGCUUUGAUCUGGUAGUUCAUGAUUACAGAGGACUGGAUGGAAAGAUAAACUAAGUAAGGAACAGGAACAGAUCAUGCAACGAGCUACUGAUGCAGUUUCAUCACUUUCUAUUGAGCAGAUGAAACGUGGGACUGCUGAAUACCAGCAACAGCGCAAUGUGCAGAUCUUCAACCAACAGCGACCCAAACCAUUUGAUGAGUGCAACCACAGUUACCAUUGCAAGCAUUGUGAUGUUCUAGUUUGCCAUUCAGCUGAUAUCAGGAUUGUAACUGGUGGUCACCAUGUGGUCAUCCAUCGUCAGAUCUUCAGCAAGAUCAGGAUUGUGGCUUCAGGAGGAGUCGGUCAAGAUCCAGGACACUGGUCAUCCGUGGAACAUGCCAAGAAAGAAAUCAGAUGUGCGGAUGAGCGAUGUGACACCAAGCUUGGUAGCAUUUUAAAGUGCAGCAAUCGGAUGCUACUUGCAUUCUCCAUCAAGACAUUAAGACUCAGAAACACAGCAAGCACGACCAAGACCUACAAGAGUUGGGGUUCACUGCCAUUCAUCUUCCGUAAAGAACUAGUGACAGAGGCUAGCUUUGAAUUUAAUGACAUCCCUGGCACCGUGGCACAGUGUGAGUGAAUCUAUCGAGAGGAGGGGGGGG